GAUUUCAGGGGGGAAAAAAAAGAAGCCCGGCACUGGCGGAGACGCACUCUCCCUGCAAAAAAGCAAAGGCGAUUAAAGGCUCUGCCAGCCUCGCGCUCUGGGCACAGCUGAGCAUGAUACUGGGGAAGUCAAACCCCUCACUACUGCCUAGGAAGAUGGGUAGACUUUAAAGACUAUUUUUUCCCUUUAAGAAAAAACAUCUCGGAGCUUAAAAAAAUCCUUUUUCUUCUUUUUUUUUUCUUUUCUGCCCCCCUCUUUUUUUGGGCUGUGGUUUACUCCCCCAUUAAGACCAAUCACUGAAAUCUGGUUGCUGAAAGAAAAAAAAGAGAGAGAAAAGAAAAGAAAAGAAAAAAAAUAGCCAAGUGUCUUCUCUGUAUCUGGAUGUCUACAAAUUAGAGAGAGGGAAAGAGCGAGCUCUGCUCCACCAGAGCGGGCGAGAGCCAGGCCAGACGCCCGGCUUUCUUUUUUGCCUCCUGCACCCGCCCUGUGCCUUCGCUGAGGCUUCGCCUUGACUCCUUCCUCUCCGCGCACCCCCACGGGCCCGCUGGCAAAGUGGGGUGGGGAGCGAGGCGCGGGGGGCGGGGGCCGGCGCGGCGGCCAGGGCUGCCGGGCGGCCGAGCAUGGAAGAACAGCAGCCGGAGCCUAAAAGUCAGCGCGACUCGGGCCUCGGCGCGGUGGCGGCGGCGGCGGCGGUGGUGGCGGCGGCGGCCCCGGGCGGCCUCAGCCUGAAUCUUAGCCCAGGAGCCAGCGGCAGCAGCGGCAGCGAUGGAGACAGCGUGCCGGUGUCCCCGCAGCCCGCGCCCCCGUCGCCGCCGGCAGCGCCCUGCUUGCCGCCCCUAGCCCAUCACCCGCACCUCCCCCCGCACCCCCCGCCCCCGCCGCCGCCGCCGCCGCCACCGCCGCCGCCGCCGCAGCAUCUCGCGGCGCCUCCUCACCAGCCGCAGCCCGCGGCCCAGCUGCACCGCACCACCAACUUUUUCAUCGAUAACAUCCUAAGGCCCGAUUUCGGUUGCAAAAAGGAACAGCCCCUGCCGCAGCUCCUGGUGGCGGCGGCUGCAGCCGGAGGAGGCACAGGAGGAGGAGGAAGCCGCGUGGAGCGUGACCGAGGCCAGACUGGUGCAGGUAGAGACCCUGUCCACUCGCUGGGCACGCGAGCUUCGGGCGCUGCCUCGCUCUUGUGCGCCCCAGAUGCGAACUGUGGCCCACCCGACGGCUCCCAGCCAGCCACCGCGGUCAGCGCGGGAGCAUCCAAAGCCGGGAACCCGGCUGCUGCGGCGGCGGCAGCGGCGGCUGCAGCGGCGGCGGUAGCGGCGGCGGCUGCAGCGGCAUCGAAGCCCUCGGACAGCAGCGGCGGCAGUGGAGGCGGCGCAGGGAGUCCCGGGGCGCAGGGCGCCAAGUUCCCGGAACACAACCCCGCGAUCCUACUCAUGGGCUCAGCUAACGGUGGGCCGGUGGUCAAGACUGACUCGCAACAACCUCUAGUUUGGCCCGCCUGGGUCUAUUGCACACGCUACUCGGACCGUCCGUCCUCUGGUCCACGAACCAGAAAGCUAAAGAAGAAAAAGAACGAAAAGGAAGACAAGCGGCCGCGAACGGCGUUCACGGCCGAGCAGCUGCAGAGACUCAAGGCGGAGUUCCAGGCAAACCGCUACAUCACGGAGCAGCGGCGACAGACCCUGGCCCAGGAGCUCAGCCUGAACGAGUCCCAGAUCAAGAUCUGGUUCCAGAACAAGCGUGCCAAGAUCAAGAAAGCCACGGGCAUCAAGAACGGCCUGGCGUUGCACCUCAUGGCCCAAGGACUGUACAACCACUCGACCACCACGGUCCAGGACAAAGACGAAAGCGAGUAGCUGUGGCCAGCCCGGGCCCCGCGGUCCAACGGCCCCGUGCCACCUCCUGGCUCCGCGGGGCUGCGGCAUCACUGGCCCCAUGCCGCCAUGCAGAGACGAUCGCUAAGGAAGGAGGCAUCAACCAGGAAGACAGAGAAAGCAAGCGAGAGAAAGCAAUCCUCCGAGUGGACAUUCACAUUGGAAUGAAACGGUUUUUGAAACGGGAGAAAGACUCGGACAGGUGCUAUGGUGAAAAAAAAGAUCUAUUCUCUAACUCACAGUAUCAGACGAAACUGCGAAUUCCUUAAAGCUCUAUCUAGCCAAACUGCUUACGACCGUGUAUAUAUUUAAUUUCAGGUAAGGAAAACAAAUAUGUGUAGCGAUCUCUAUUUGCUGGACAUUUUUAUUAAUCUCAUUUAUUAUUAUUGUUAUAAUUAUUAUAAUUAUUAUAAUUAUUUUAUCCCUCCUCCCCACCUUGCUGCCCCCCCAGCCCAGUUUCGUUUUCGUUGCUUUUAUCUUUUGAAUGUUUUUGCUUCUCUGGGUACCUCCCGCCCCCCAACGCUGGCCCUGGUUUCUCUGGGACUUUUCUUUGUGUGCGUGUGAAUGUGUUCCCUUGCGUGUCUGCCCUUCGCCUCUCCUCUACCCACCCAGGAUUCUUCCACUGGUCUUGUCUGUCUUCCCAAACCCUGUUCCUUUUCUGGAGACUCCUUGAGAAAUACAACCCCACAGACUGCGAGACUGAACCGCCGCUACAAGCCAAAGAUUUUAUUAUGUUCAGAAACCUGUAGUCUGAAAUAAAAUGUUCACUGUGUUCAUCAG